AUGGAGUUUGUGAUGCAAAGUGAUUCAGAUGAAGAUAGUGAAGGAGAAGUAGCACCAAAGGGUGAUGUUCCUGCAGAUGAAUUGGUUCAGCUUCAAAGGAUUCCUAAAAUCAAGGAUAACUGGAAACCUGGUAAAUGGUUUGAGUUUUUAGAUGAUGAAGAUGAUGAGGAUUACUUUAAGAGACUUUACAAGAAUGGAGAGAUGUAUGAGGAUGCUGAUUUUGGGAAGAUAGUGCUAAGGCCAUGGAUGAUUUUCACUGAUAAGGCACACUUUAAGGAUACUCUUAAGGAUUUUGCUGUACAAGAGAGAUUUGCAAUUAAUGUGGAGUAUGCUGACAACAAGAGGUAUACAGCAGUGUGCCAAUCUCAAUGUUGUGACUGGAGGCUGCAUGCAAGCAGGCUUUCAGAUGGAAGAACUUGGGCAAUUAAGAAGAUUUGGCCCAAUGUACACACUUGCAUAGGGUUAGAGACAUACAACCCCAUAUGUAAUGUCAAGUGGGCUUCCCAAAAAGUUAUGGAAGACAUCAGAGCUAACCCUGACAUUCCUGGGAAAGCUUUAAUUGAACUUUUAUUCCAAAGAUAUGGAAUCUACAUGAGACAGUCUACUUUGUAUAGGUUAAAGUGUUAUGUAAUUGAGCAGCUCUUUGGAGGCCAUGAUGAGUCUUAUUCAUUGUUGCCCAUGUAUGCUAAAAUGUGUAUUGAGACAAACCCAGAAACUUUAGCAUUUUGUGCAUGGCAAGAAACUGAAUCCCUGCCUAAGCAACUACAAUUCACAAAUGGCAAUAAUGAGAUCUUUCCCAUAGCCUAUGCUAUUGUGAGUCAAGAAGACAAGGAGUCAUGGAGCUACUUCUUCUGGCAUUUGAGAAACAUGAUCAAAGAAUCUUCAAGGGAGCAUUGGACUAUCAUUUCUGAUAGGCAAAAGGGAGUAGAAUUAGCCUUAGACAAUGUAUGGCCAGAAGCUGACAGAAGGUUCUGUUGUAGACACCUUAGUAGGAAUUACAAAAAGAAGUUUCCAGGCCCUAUGAUGUAUGUUUUAUUUUGGAGAGCAUGCAAUGCAACUUCAGCUUUCACAUUCAGGAAAGCUAUGGAGAAGCUGAAGAAAGAGGGAGGUGAUGAUGUCAUGUGUUGGUUUGCUUACUUGGGAGAACAGUCCAAGUGGACUAAGCACAAAUUUAGCCCUAAUGUCUGCAAUGAGACCAACACAUCUAAUUUUGUGGAAAGUUUUAACUCCACACUUGGAGUAAACAGAUGUAGGCCUGUAUUAACUCUGCUAGAAGGAAUAAGGAGGGUCUGUAUGAUAGGGAAGGCAAGCUCAAACUGCAGAGCUUUUAAGUCCAGCCCUGGAGAGUAUGAAAUCCAUGAGGGCAGAUCUCAAUUCCCUUUGAGCCUUAACAAGAAGAUUUGUUCUUGUGGUGCAUGGCAACUUUCAGGAGUGCCAUGUAGGCAUGCAAUUAGGGCCCUAAUUGAUGCAAAAUUGGACCCACAUGACUUUGUUAGUUCUUGGUACUCUGUCAAGACAUACAAGCAAGCAUACAGUACCUGCAUUAAUCCCAUCCCAGACACAGACCAAUGGCCUAUUGAUGACUCAGGCAGAAUUAUCAUGCCACCUAAGAUGAAAAGGGGCAUUGGAAGACCAAGUAGGAAUAGAAAAAGGGAAGAAGGAGAAGUCCAACCAGGCAAGAGAAGCAAAACAGUCAAAUGCUCAAAGUGUGGUUGCUUUGGGCAUAAUAAAGCAACCUGCAAGGGAGGCUUGACUGGGAAAGAGUUGAAGGCAUCUGAGCCUGUUGUCAUCAAAAACCCAAGGGUCAGAGACCAAUCAAAUGCAGCAAAGGCAGCAAAAGCAGCAAAUGAAGCAUUAUCUGAUGCUGCAGCAUCUAAGUCAAGGAAGAAAGGGAAGCAGGUCACUGAUUAUCCAACUGAGUUGAAUGCUUCACAGUUGCCUAGCCAACCAGCAAACCUGUCUCAAGCUUACUCUGACUCUCCAAGUUUCUAG